AUGAGCUGCUCUGGGAGACUGGUUGUUUGGGUCUUUGCUGCCGCCCUUCGCGUUGUGUGGGCCGUCAUUCCCUGGCAGGGAGACCCGUCCGGAAGGAACGGCAAGGAAGUGGCUACAGCUCUGAGGCAGGGCUAUGCCAUCAUUGACCUUGGCCUGAACUCGGCAUCCUCUCAUGUUUUGUCCAUGCAGAACCGGUCGCUGAACUGCUCCCAGGGCCCUCAGGAGCAUGUCAAUGUCUUGGCAUCUUCUGACGGAAUCCACUGGGCUCUCCCUCCAUGCUGGCGCUUCGGGGAAUCCGUGGGAAAUCCGCAAGCAUUGGUCGGGCUUGCUGCUGAGAUGAGCCAGGCAUGGCCGGACCUCCUGAGAGAAAGAGACAGAGAGGCCAAGGAACCGCGGCGGUGCGCGCGAACGAGGGGGGCUUCCUGGACGCUGCAGUUUUCUCACGCCCUGUAG